AAGUAAAGUUGGUAAUCUUGAUUGAUAGCAAUAUGGCACGUGUUCCUAAUGCGUAAUUAAAUUACUUUUGUUUGCAAGUACUUACAUUACAAGUCGCGAAUACAAAAAUUUUACUUUCCAAGUGUUAAAAAAAAAUAUUUUACUAAAUAAUGCUGGACUACGUAAUAGUAAAACUAAAAGGAAGAAAUGAAGAUCCUUGGGAGGCAAUUCCUAAGAAAUGGCUUAAGCGCGAUGAUGAUAAAAUGAUCUGGUGGCCUGACAAUGAUGUUAAUUACAAAAUGGAAUGGAAAAUAAUGUUUAAUGGGAAUUCUCGUAAUUGGAGUAUGCGUCCUAUUACUGCAGUAGACCCAGCAAGCUAUGAUGAAUUAUUCGAUGCUAUUGAUCGAGCCAAUCAUCUUAACUCCAUAGAAUUUAUGAAAAGGCAACUUGAUCAAAUAAAUAAUAACAUUCGUGAUGUUCAGAAUGGAAUUUCAAAUAAUUAUUUUGAAAUUCUUAGUGAGCAAAAAUUUAUAAAAAAAGACAUUAAGCAAUUAACGGAGAUAAUCCAAUCAAUGAAACAUGAAUCUAUUUAUGAUAACAAUAAUAAUAACAAUGAUGAUAAUAAACAAACGUUAGAGGAUGUGUUACCUCUUAAAACUAAUGAAAGUCUUGUAGAAUUUGAAAGACGUUUUAUAAACGAAGAGUGGAUCUCUCCAGCAUUAAAAAAAUUGUUUACUAUUUUAAUUGAUAAGGAAAAUUUAAUUGAAAGUAUUUCCAAGAUCCUGGGAGCGGUAUUCGCAAGUUCACUGGCAGGUCAGUGUUCUUGGGAUGGAAAUAAUGGAUUGAUAAGAGUUUCAGAUUUAUUAGUAAUUAAAAAACUCAAAGUAACUUUACAAACUAUUUAUGGAGACUCAAAAAACUUUGAAGAAAUCGUUACUUCCUGGUUUCAAACUGGUCGAGAGUCAACUUCAGUUUAAAGUUAGUUAUUAGUUUGAUACAUAAUUAAAUACUUGAAAGUUUAUCUUUACUGAAAUAUUUUUUUACAAUGGUUAGUUAUUACUUUAAGUAAUGGUAGUCAUAAGAGUAACAUGAAUUUUUUGUGUUGAUUAAUACUCUUGGUUUAUUAAAA